AAAAAAAAUCAUGUGACUUUGAUCAUGUGACUUUCGUUUAAACACACCGGAUGUAAACAAAGUCCAUCAAAUAUUGAACAAAAAUGUAACGAUCAGAUAGCUGACAAGGCUGAGGCUUAAUGCACUUUACUGUCUGACCCUUCCUACCCCUUUCCGUUAUGUCACUAUGACAUUUUAGGUGUUUUCUUUUUACUGUCGCAUACUUUUUCAAGCAGUAUGUCGGUAAGUGAAAGUUCAUGCGUGCAAAAUCACGAAAAUGGAAAAUACGAUCGCGAUAAAAGUUCAUCAUACGAAGAAGAGCAACCGCUUCUUCAAAAGACGGAAAAAUUCAAAACAUAUACUCGGCGGUGGUAUGUCUUGGCUGUGUUUACCCUGGCAUGCUUUUUACAAGCUGCAGUGUGGAACACGUGGGGGCCUAUAACCCAGUCUGCAGAGGUGGUGUUUGGAUGGGAGGAUAGUCAGAUUGGAAUGUUAGCUAACUGGGGAAAUAUUGCCUACAUAGUCACCGUAUUUCCAGCUUGCUACUUCAUGGAUACUAAAGGUUUACAUAUCUCAUUUUUGGCCUGCACACUUCUGAUGUUGAUAGGCACUGGAAUCAGAUGUAUAACAUAUGAACCUAAAAUUGCUACAUGGUUGAUGAAUAUAUGUGCUAUAAUAAAUGGCAUUGGGGGAACGGUGCCUUUUGCGGGACCAGCUCAGGUGGCCAAC